GCGCACAUAUGUUGACCUUGUCUUAAAACGAUUGGUUGCCUCCUAACCAGAAACUCCAGUUAGAAACAUCUUCUUCCAUACGUCUUAGGGAAAACCGUCAGCGUGCGAUAUCUGAGAGGCAAAUAUGAGCGCACAAGCUGCUGUCUCGAAACAGACCACUCAAGUCGCUCAGCAAAGCGGGGUGCUGGCGAAGCUGAUAAUGUUUAGCGUAACUCUAGCAGUAGCCCCACUGUCGUCGUACUUCCUGUCUGAGAAAUAUCUCUGGAAUGGAAACUCGACUUAUGCUGCCAUUACUGCCAUUGUGGCUGCGAACUUAGUUCUCGUCCUUUAUAUCAUCAUGUCCGUCAUGGAAGAGAGGGCAGCAACCCCUACACCAAUCACACCAUCUGCUCCACCACCAGAGUCGAAGAAGACUCGAUGACGAUGCUCGCCAUCCUGCACGCACAAAAUACUCAGUACUGUUCCGUUGAGGAAUAUGACUUCGGUAUGUGGGAUAAUACAUUGAUAGGAUUCAUUAUUGUAUAUUGUAAUUACAGAUGAUAAUACAAGUCCGCCAGAGAGUAAUGUUAGGUUCUAUAGAAACAGCAAGGGUUAUAACGAAACAGAUGUGUGUAGAUCAUAAUGGCCACGUCGAAGCAGUGUGUUGAUACAUUUAGAAGUCCUCUUC